GCUCAUUGGAAGCCAAGCACUCCACAAUGAAGAGCUUUCUGGCUUUCCUUGUUGCAAUGGGCAUCAUGGUGACACUGGGUGAUGCAUACUGCUUUUCUAAAAUGAACAAGCCAGGGGAGGCCGACAAAGGUUGUAUCCUGGAUGGAAAACUAUACCCCUUUGGAGAGAUCGCGAGGACAGAUAAUUGCUUCAGAUGCAGCUGCAGCCAACAAGCAAUGCUUUGCUGCUCCCUCUUUCAUACUCCCAUUGGUUAUGACAAAGAGAACUGUAAAGUCGUUUUCAACAAGAAAAGCUGUGACUAUGACGUGGUGCAGAAGAGUGACCCCUCAAAGGAGUGCUUGGUCUAUUCUCGUGUGGGCUAACAACCCACCUGCUCUGAACCUCUCUGCCCUGUGGAAUUCCUCCUCUUCCUGCAGGUGCUUUGCCAUCACAGAGAGGCUCGAAGACAUGCAAGAUCUUGUAAGACAGAGUACUUCAGCAGCUCACUUUUAAUGUC